AUGGAAAAACAUUCAAAGUCAAUGUAUCAUUAUAGAUGUUUAUGGUAUUCAUUAUUGGUAAUGACUUAUUUACCAUUAUUCAUUUUAAUGAUGUUUAUGGUAACUAGGGAUUUAAGAGUAGCUUUAAAAGAAGAAUCAAAAACAAACUCAUUAAUCAAAUCAAUUUGUUUAGAUAAAGAUGGCAGUGAUUUUGGGUAUUGCGAAAAAAAUGACUUUAGUACAAAAGAAAUAGAUGAAGAUAUUAUAAUAGACUAUAAUAUGUAUUUAAAUAAUAAUAAAACUUUACAUGGUUGGGACUCAUAUUCUUGGCACGAUGGUAAAAUGGAAUUGAAAAUGAUCAUUUCAUAUUUUCAAGUAAUGGUUAUUUAUGUAAUUGUAGUUGUAACUAUUGUAUUUGAAUUUUAUAAAGGAAAAUCAAAAAAAAAAAAUUCAAGAUACUAUUAA